AUGACAAUUCUCACUACUCAACACAUCAAGUUACUACCCCUACAAAUCUUACUACCACAGAUACAAUCUCACAGCUUCAUCACUACCUCAUUAUCAAACUUACUACCAUACCUUUCAACAUACUACCACGCACUCAAUAUCACGACUCCAUCAAUAGAAGCACUUAAUCUCACUACCAUACCCCAAAUCUUACUCAACUGUUGGUACUUAACACUUCACCUACUAUCUAUACCCAUCCACUCAACUCCAAACUGA